GAUUCUUUGGAGGGAACAGAAGCAGAGAUGUCUGCGAAGGAAGAAAACCGGAUCUUUGUCGGAGGCUUAUCGUGGGACACAACAGAGAGGCGGCUGGAGGCCGAGUUUAGUCGCUUCGGAAAGGUUAUCGAGACUCAAACCUCCUUCGUUUCUUGGCUUUGUGUGAGUAUCAAUCUCCGUUCCACUCUUUUGUGUAUGUGAGGAGGAGACGUGUUAUAUGUGUUCUUCAAGCUGGUAAGCAUAAAAGAAGGUUUGCUUUUUAUCUGGCUAUAUCAGUGAGCAGAUAUAGACACCUCUACUAGUUUGGUCUUUUUGGAGGAUAAUGCCAUCCGCUGCUGUCAUUUUGCCAUUGUUAUGAGCUUAGUGCUGGUUGAUGCCAUUGCAUGUCACUGAUAAGUUGCUUCUUUGAGGUUUGAGCCUUGAGAUCUUCAUAUGGAGCAGUCAAUCUUCAGUAGGCUGGAAGAGAUAAGUUGGGUUGAAUUGCUUGUUUUGGCUUUUGACAUUGACAGAUAGAUACUCUUCACUAAUAUUACAUCUAUGUCGUACCCUGAUGGCUUGCCCAUUUGAGACAGGUAUAUAAGGUAAUUCACCUUGCAUGCCCGUGGUGGUGAUGUAAGGCUUGUUUAUUGUUUGAUGAGAUGCUUGUUGGCCAAGACACUGUCUGAAAUGCAGUAUAUGUAAUCAAACGUUUGCUAGGUUCUUUCAGUUUCAGCUAUAUUUGUGGAUUAAUAUCAGCACCAUGCAGCAUUUUGAGGAAAGAUUAGGCUGCUUGGUUUAAUGUUCUCUGCUCUGCAUUGCAUAUCAAUGAAAAAUUUUAGUUUUGUGUAAGUCUUGUUUAGUACAAUUAGGCGCUUAAGUGAAACUUGGAAUUGAGAGGGAGUGGAUUUUUUGGAUAAUUGAUUUAUCUAUUAUUAUGCACCGAAAGGGAUAAAGGAUGCAUAAUGUGAAGGUUCAGGUGCAUGCUUGACCAUUUCUUCAGAUGGCUGGCCUCUCUCAGUACAUUGUGAGAAACUCGGCAGUCUCUGAUCUUUCAGCUGAGGAUUUUUAGAAAAUUCCAUGAUGCCUGUUAAAUUGCUUAAGCGAUGAAUGGUUUCUUGGCGGCACUGAGUGAUGGCCUUAACAUUCCAUGUGUAUUCAUAAGCACAAUGUGCACCAGGGUGUUUGAUCUUUGUCAUAAUAAAUGUUGCAGACUUGGCACAUUGAUGGUUGAUAAACAUGCGCAUCGAUUGCAACUAUAACUUGCAUCACUUCUUUCUCUGAUGUAUAUCUCUCUCUUUCUCUUUAAUGUUCUUGUUAAAAAAAUUUCCUGUUAGUAUUUCUGGGACUAGGGCACAACUUUUCUCAAUGUAUGCCACUAAAUAUGAACAAUUAUUGACACUCUAAAGGCAUUUUACAAUUUGCUAAAGUAAAACUUAGGCAAGUGAGACACUGGCCUUGUUAUUUGAAAGGCAAAUUGGCAGUAGAAAAUGAUUUUGGUGACAAUUUGAGAUCAUGGAACUGAGUAAAACUCCACUGGUUGUGGGAAGAUUAAUGGUUAAAUGUAUCCUUGCUGAUUUAGUUUUGGAUGGUAUUUGGUGAAAUGUUGUUUACGGGAUUGUAUUUGAGUUAGAAGAGGAAGAGGAACAAAUGGAACAGAUGGUUGUGUUAUACAAACUGUCAGAUAGAUACUGUAUUUUUUGUUUGAUGGUAAAAGUUGCUUCAAAAUUGAUCACAGGGUCAGUCACAUCUGAAUUAUGGUGUCUUCUGUAGUCUUUUGAGAGAUCUGAAUGUACCUCUGGAGCUGCUCAACUAUUCAUGCUGCAGAAUGUGAUUCUCUACAUAUUGUUUGCACUAGAUUGCUGCAGUUGUUUUUUCCUAAGCAACAGAUCCUUUAUCAUGGAUUGGGAUUUGGAUGUGGAGCAGUUGUUAGAAUUACUCAGUUGAGAUGUUUGAGCCUGUUUGUUAUGGCUGCUGUUUCUGAAGUUAGUUUCAUUCAGCAAAGGUCGUGUUAAGGUUUGAAAGAAGGUGUUACAAGAAUUGAACCUUUUUAUCCCAUUAAGUGUUAAACUCAUUGUAACAAUAACAUAUCACCUGAGUUGAUGCUUGCUGUGUUUGCAAUAUCAAUUCACCAAUGAUUGCCUGAAUGGUUCUCUAGGACGUUUGUUUCACACCUGUUAUUGUUUGGUCGAAUUUUGCUUGUUACAUGGCCACUUGCUUGGAUAUAAGAUGAAGAUUUUGCUAUUUUCUGGAUAUUCGUGAAUGUCAGAUGUAUAUAUUAGGUAGGAAAAGACACUGCACGGAUUGCUUUAGUCAUAGUAGAUUGUGGCCUAUACAGAGAUCACAGUGAGAUGUCUGAAUGAGUCACAUGCAUGUUCGCAUAACCGGUACAUCCUGUUACUCUCAGGUCAUGCUGGAGAGAGAUACUGGUCGUCCUCGCGGGUUUGGGUUUGUGACAUUCUCUGAUCCACGUGCAGUUGAGGUUUCCAUCAGCGAGAUGCAUGAGCGUGAGCUUGACGGACGUGUCAUUUCAGUGAAUAAGGCUCAACCUAAGAUAAGCACAGAUGACUCUACCUAUGGCUACAAUGGUGGAGGAUACACACCAGGAAGCAAAGGAGGUUAUCAUGGUAAUGAUGGUCCACCACCCGCAGGGCGCUCUGAUGAAUGCUUCAAGUGUGGACGACUUGGACACUGGGCACGUGAAUGCCCUUCAGCUGGGGGAAGUAGUGGCGGUCGAUUCCCUUCUCGUUCCAAGUUUGGUGGAGGUGGUGGCCGAGGGGAUCGAUUUGGUGGACCAGAUCGCUUGAGUGACCGAUAUGUGGAUGACCGUUAUGAUGGAGACCGAUAUGGGGACCGUGAUCAUAUUGACAGCAGGGACAGUCGAUAUAGUGGUGGUCGUGAUCGAUUUGACAAUGAUCGUGACCGAUAUGCCAAUGAUCGGUAUGGGCCUCCUGUGGAUCGUUUUUCUGGUGAUAGAUAUGGAGGGCGCCCUGAUCGGUACCCACAGAAUGGAUACAGCCGGGAAAGAAGCUAUGAGAAGGAUGUACCUCGUGGUGGUGGUGGCUAUGACAGAGAUGGAGGGUCAAGAGGUGGUGGUGGCUAUGAGAGGGAUGGACCUUGUGGUGGCGGCAGUGAUAGAUACGGGAGUGGUGGGCCUGCACGUUAUGAUGGUGGUGGAAGUUUCAGGAACAGGCCUGGGCCUUAUGAUCGGCCAAAUAGAGGCAGACGUCCAUCAUCCUUUGAUGUUCGCUACUGAUGCUUGUGUUGUUAGCAGUCAAAACUGUAUUUGUUUUCCCGAACCUUAUGCUCUGGUAUUUUAGGAUAGCUCAUGGUAACAAUGCAGUGAUUCUGUUAAGACUCUGGGAUUGAAAAUCUAUGCUGUCCAUUUGCUGUGAAAUCCUCUGAAUCGAUCACUUAGCUUUAUGAGACUGAGCCUUUACGCAAGUGGCCUGCUCAUAUUGGAAUCUUAACUUUAUGAAGGAUUGUGCUUUAUCUGAACUGCCGGUGGCCCACAGUUUGAUAUGAUUAUAUCUGGUUGAUCUUAUAAGUCAGUGCAGGCUGUUAUUACAUGUUGGUUUUGGCUCAUGAUCAAGUUGUGUUUGUUAUUGUGCUUACUAUUGAGAAACCUGUCACAAUAUUUUACUGAUAGCAGUAUCUUUAAGUGCUGAUCCUCUUUGUCUUCUGUGAAGCUGUGAAAAUUUAUAGCCCUGCUGAUUUCUGCACUAUAACACCAUUGACAAAUGAGUUCUGAUCAGGUCAUAUUUUCUGUGCCUGUGAUACAAUUUGAGGCAGUUGCUUCCUGGUUGAUGAGCUAUCGGAUCAUAUGGUGGGCCACUUUUAUUUGCUGUAAGAUUGAUGGAAGAUCCUUUUUUGUAUGGAUUCAAGUCGUUUGAUUUUGACAGCACUUUUGAUAUACGUAUGAAUUUCGUUUCUGAUUCCCGGCCAUCAGAGCUCUGCAGUUGCCAAAUAAUAAUCCCCACUCUGUUCUCAAUCCCUUAAAUUGGUUCUUCGGGCCGGAUAAUUUAAGCUGACUCCCAGUCUCAUGCUCUAUUACCUGGUUGAAGGUGGAGUCUUAAGUUCCACUUUGUUGCUGAUAUAGUGCAAUUAGAAAGUUGUUGGUGCAUGAAGGCUGGAACGAGAGUUGGUCGUUCACUUUAAUAGUCGCAAAUGCUUUUCAGAAUUGAUGUUAUUGAUAGCAGUGUGCUCGCCAGAUGAUAUAUGUGGUACAAGGGGCUAUUUAUCAUAUUAGUUAUAGGGUAUGGUUGUCAUACUAACUUGAUCAAAUGUUAGAUAGUUGUAUUGAAUUGUUAUGUUUGCAAAGAAUUCAUUUGUAUAAUUUACCAAUUUUCUCGAGCUAUAAUUGUUCUUUUACCUCUUACCAUUA